CAGUCUCCCAACUUCCGCUUCCGUUUUAGGGCUCCGCCUGGCUGCCUUCGCUAUGGAAGAACCAGAGAUGCUGCUGAAGGGAAAGAAAGUAACAGACAAGUUCACCGAAAGUGUCUAUGUCCUGGCCAACGAGCCGUCAGUGGCUUUGUACCGGCUACAGGAACAUGUGCGCCGCUCACUGCCGGAGCUGGCCCAGCACAAGGCUGACAUGCAGAGAUGGGAGGAGCAGAGCCAGGGUGCUAUAUACACCGUGGAGUAUGCCUGCAGGUUUGAGGACUCGUAUUUGGCUCUUGCUGUGAAGAGCCUGGUGGACAGCAGUGUGUACUUCCGUAGUGUCGAAGGCCUGCUCAAACAGGCCAUCAGUAUCCGGGACCACAUGAACACCAGCGCCCAGGGCCACAGCCAAGAGAAACCAUCCCCUCCUACUGUGGCCUGACCCUGAUCCUGCAAAACUCUCAGGGCCACCGACUUCCCCACCCAGGCAGAGGCCUGGCUCCUGUGCCCCCAACCACUCAGCUGCUGUGUGACCUUGAGGCCGCAUCCUCACUUCUCUGGUCUUCAGCUUUUUCCUCAUGUAAACAUGGCUUGUCCAGCUGAGGCCAUGUGGUCGGUGAUGGUAUACAUUGUGAAACUGUGUCCAUGCAAGAGAAAAGCAUCCACAGUCCUAACCCUUACAAUACUAUAAACUGACCAGCCCCUGAUGCUGCUUCAGGCUGCAGAGA